CCUGGCGGCGGGAAGAUGCUGCAGUCCCUGGCUGGCAGCCCCUGUGUGCGCCUGGUGGAGCGGCACCGGUCGGCCUGGUGCUUCGGCUUCCUGGUGCUCGGCUACCUGCUCUACCUGGUGUUCGGCGCCGUGGUCUUCUCCUCGGUGGAGCUGCCCUACGAGGACCUGCUGCGCCAGGAGCUGCGCAAGCUGAAGCGCCGCUUCCUGGAGGAGCACGAGUGCCUGUCGGAGCCGCAGCUCGAGCAGUUCCUGGGCCGCGUGCUGGAGGCCAGCAACUACGGCGUGUCGGUGCUCAGCAACGCCUCCGGCAACUGGAAUUGGGACUUCACCUCUGCGCUCUUCUUCGCCAGCACGGUGCUGUCCACCACAGGUUAUGGCCACACCGUGCCCCUGUCUGAUGGGGGCAAGGCCUUCUGCAUCAUCUACUCCGUCAAAGGCAUCCCGUUCACCCUCCUGUUCCUGACGGCCGUGGUCCAGCGUGUCACCGUGCAUGUCACCCGCAGACCUGUCCUCUACUUCCACAUCCGCUGGGGCUUCUCCAAGCAGGUGGUGGCUAUCGACCACGCUGUCCUCCUCCGGUUCAUCACUGUGUCCUGCUUCUUCUUCAUCCCGGCUGCGGUCUUCUCCGUCCUGGAGGACGACUGGAACUUCCUGGAAUCUUUCUAUUUUUGUUUCAUCUCCCUGAGCACCAUUGGCCUCGGGGACUACGUUCCUGGAGAGGGCUACAACCAGAAAUUCAGAGAGCUCUACAAGAUCGGGAUCACCUGCUACCUGCUGCUGGGCCUCAUUGCCAUGUUGGUGGUUCUGGAAACCUUCUGUGAGCUCCACGAGCUGAAGAAAUUCAGAAAAAUGUUCUACGUGAAGAAAGACAAGGAUGAAGAUCAGGUGCACAUUAUGGAGCAUGACCAGCUGUCUUUCUCCUCCAUCACAGACCAGGCAGCCGGCUUGAAGGAGGAUCAGAAGCAAAAUGAGCCCUUUGUGGCCACUCCGUCUGCCUGUGCAGAUGGCUCUGCAGGCCACUGAGCUUGGGCUGGGUGGGUCCUCCUGCAGCAGCAGGCCGGGUGUGUCCACUUCCAGGAAAAUGGAAAGUCAAGAUGAGGCCUUCUUAAGGGCACCUACAGUUUGCAAUAUUUUAAAAAUGUGGAGCAAAAGUAGCUUUGACUCUGGAGGGGUGUCUGAUAUCUGGGGAGACCAAGCAUACACCUGUAUUUCACAUACCACAAAACCAUCUAGACCUGAGUAACAGGAGAAGAAUACUCGAA